UAAAACGAAAAUCGAAGCCCCGGAGGGUUAAGCGAGCGAGUUCAUUGUUCAGUCAUGAGUUCAGAGAGUCACGGACGGCUUGAUAGGACCAAGUUUGAAAUCCAACCAACCAUCCAUGCCCUGUUGAAUUGUGUUGCUGUGUCACACUGUGUGCGAAAAGUGGUAAAGACUAAGAGAAUCGAACAAGUCAAGUGUUUGCUGAAAAGUGAAAGUAAAAUGCCUUGAUCCUGAGGCCAUUGUACUGAAGCAAGUGUGGAAGACAGCGCGCACAAAAGAGCAUCAGUUUUGCCUUCACCCAUGGGGUGUUUGAGUUAUUUACUGGAGGCUUUAUAUCCAGACUUUUCCCCCUAGUGUUUAAGCAGAUAGUUUUUAUAUAAUAAUUAAUAGGAUGAGGUUUCUUCUGCUUUCUACAGACUUGUGUGGUAAUAUCUGGGUGUUAGAGGGACAGUCUCCUGUAUGAUGCGUCUUCCUCUGUGUGGGGGACUGAGCUGGUACCUCAGCGAGCAGAAUGUCACUCGGAGCCUUUGCAACACCUCCGUCAGUAGCGGCCAUGACGGGCAGUAAAGCCUGUGGUCAUCAUCUCCUGAGAACUGACCAGGCAUACAGUUACAGCGUAUCUGUAUCACACCACCGUCCGUCAUCUUCGCAAAAGGAACUCUGCAUCAAGACCACACGUCUGUCAUGAUGUCGUCGCUUCCGUCAUCAUCUGCUGAUGUUUCCUUCGCAAAACCUCUUGUGACUCCGGCAAAACUGGAGACCUCGUCUAAGCCGAGAGACAGUGUCCAGUGUUCGCAGAGCGGGGCUGAAUGUCAGAGUUCAUCGUCGACUCAUCCAGCUGCUGGUGCUGCAGCGCCACGCAUGGAGGCCGGGGGUCAGAGGGCAGGGAGUUCAGACUGCGCGCCUGUUGGUCAAGGGAAGGAACCAGCACUGAAGCCACACCGACUUCUGGUGUGUGAAGAUGUGGUCGAUGUUGAAAACGAAGAUCUAGACGACUGUGUACUUCUAAAAAUAGACACAAGUCGACGGAGAAAAAAACAAUUGCAAGCAAAGAGACCUGACAAUGCUGUCUCCUCCACCUUGGUCAUAAUUGACAGUGAUGAAGAAGGAAAUGAAACACCUGUCGUUCGUGCAAGUGUGGACAAAUCUGGCGAUGUAAAUCCCAGUGCCAAAAGCAGUACAAAAAUUAUAAGCUCAGAGAAGAUGGCAUCGAAACCAGUGCCUGACUCGGAUAGAGAUGAGUUUCCUGACUUGGAUCUGCAAGUGGAAACUGAAGAAGAAAAUACAGAUCAGGCAGGGGCAGGUGAUGAAUCGGAGGAGCGGGUUUUGUAUGGCAGGGUACGUGUCAGUCAAGCGCAAGAAGCGCUUCCUCCAGUUGUGAAGAGGAGCACUUCCCCGUUAUUCGCAGAAGCUGUCUCAGACGCUCUAAUUGGCGACCACAAGCACAGUAUUCCAGGCGCAGAUAAUUCCCCUACUCUAUCGACAAUCGGUUCGUCUCCUGUGAGAACAUUUCUUCACACAACACAGUUGCAGACGUCGUAUUGUCCUCCCUCCGGCGUCUUUUCUUCUGGAAGUUCCGCGCCCGCUUCCUCCAUGGUCCCGGGUCAUAGCCAGAAGUCGUUAGUGACUGGCUCUUCUGCCCAGACCCUUUCAGUGUCUACUCCUUCUAGUGUGGGGCAGAGUGACACUCAAUCUAUUGCUUCAGGAGCCAAUGGUCAUUCCCUAGUGCUCAUUCUACCUCCGAACGCUCCACAAACCGAGACCCGUCAUCGUUCACCGUCUCAACCAGUCGCUCAACCUUCUACUGGUGCCCUUGGUGAUCAGAGAGGCCUUAAACUUAUAGUGCUGACCGACCAGGCUCUUCACACAAAGCCACAAAGUCCCUCCCCUAAGCUGCUGCGAGCAGUAACGCCCGCUCCUCGACCCUCAACACAGCUCAGUGUGAGCGGGCCUCAACAGGCACAGGCUCGGGACACCGUCAGCCAAUCAAAUCACGCUGUGGGGACCGUGAUUGCCUCACAAAACUGUGCUGUAUUUCAACCAGAAUCCAGUUUAACAAGCACAAGUUCGCGGUCACGUUGUUUGAACUCUAAUACAUCUAAGGAAAUGAGGAAUGAAAUAAGUGAUCAAGCUGAUGAGUCCCAUGAUGAGGUUUCUCCCGUUCAUCUCACCAAAGCAAAUCCUGAAGUGGCAAGUGCUGAGAGCUCGCAGCAGGGACACGGAGAAAGUAUUAAACCAGGCGGCCGCUACACAAAGUCGGAUUAUGUCCAUGCCCUCUCAAAUAUUUUCUGCUCUGCUAGCGAAGAUCAAGUGGCAGCAGCACCAGCACCAGCAUCUAGUGGUACUCCCCCUAGUGGUACUCCCGCUGACAAAACCCUCAGGAAAAACGACAGAGGGACAGAUGUACGCCAGAGGGACAGCUCACCCUCCGCCUCGAGGGAGAGUGAAGGGAAGAGCUCUUCAUCAUCGAUGCUGGUUAAAACGGGAUCUUCCAAUUCAGCUCCUCGGGAUGACAAGAAUUCAGCAUGUACAGCUGGACAAAAUCUGAGCGGUCAUCGUGGUAAGGAAGUGACGAAUCCGUCGACUGGAGACACAUCGGCUGUUCUGCCUGCUCAGCCAGCAGUUGCACCGGUGAAGGGUGCGUCACAGAGUAAGGGGAAAGCCAAUGAAGAUAAGAAAAGUGGCAAGUGUCAUAAGUGCAGUAUCACAUGUAUUAACAGAUUUGAACUUGUCAUACAUGUCAUACUGGAUCACGGACCAAGCAACUAUAUGAACUCGUGUGAUGUUGAAUUCAUCAAGUGCCCUUUUUGUCAAAAUAGGUUCCAUCGCAAAUGUGGCAUGAGGAAUCACUUAAGAAGGUCUCCGUGUGGAAAAGCUCUCUUGGAAAAGCACAAGAUGAAUGGAACGAGUUGGAUGGAUGAGCUGUCCGCGUCUACUUGCUUACAGCCUGAGAAACAACCGUCUACGAAUCCCUCGAGGGCUACAGCUGAGGUACAACCAGAGCCUGGUUCAGUUGGUACGGCCGAUCUCAGCAAGUCAUCGGAACCAGAUUCUGUCAUCACAGGUCCGACAGAAAAAGUUAAGGAAGACACAUUUCCUCUGAAAAAAGCCGCACCUGGAAAGCCGGAUGGGAGUGAACAACUUGACGACGAGGGUGUAGUGGAAAUUUGUUCAAGCCCCGAAGACAGUUCGUCUGUUACAGGGACGGUGAGAGGUGGAUCUACUACUACUAUUGCUGACACAGAGGUCAGGGCUGUUGUCAGCGUUAGUGAAAGGACUACCGGGCUUGCCGUGCGUACAGAUCAAGCUGCUUGCAUCUGUCAAGUGGACACCAGGCCGAACAGCGGGCCGGACGGGGCCGUUCAUGUCAGUGAUGUCGAUGCUCACCAGCCAGGUACAGGCAGUGGUACAAAGACUGGCAACGCUGAAACUCAUUCGGAGAAUGACCCUCAAGUACACAACAGAUGGACCAAGGGUGAAAGGUUUGACAACUUUGUCCGCUGUUUUGCUUGCAAGGAAAAUUUUGCGAAUGAAGAUAAGUUUGCAAGCCACAGGUGUCGGGAACAGCCUUCUUGUGUGGAAGUUUCCAGCAGUGUUACAGACAAGGGCACUGCGUCUGUUCAGCAGGAUCCGACCGGUAUAGAGUGUGUCAAGUGUGCCUGCUGCCACAAGUGGUUUGAGAGUUAUUUCCAGCUAAAAACUCAUCAUCGACAAGUGAACAAAUGCCGGCUGCAUGCUCAAAACCUCUUUCAGAAACCCAAACACGGCAAGAGCGACCAGGGGGCAUGUCCGCCUGUCCCCUCGGACAAAUCAGCUAAUACCGAUACCUCCAAAGCCCUAAUAGAGAUUUCUCCUUGUUUUUGUUUUUGUGGAAGGAAAUUUGCAAAGCAAGCACGGCUAGAGUUCCAUCUCAGCAAGUAUGCUAGUUGCAAAAAGAGGUUUGACGAAGCGCGUGAAAAGAACAAGAAGAAAAGACCGGUUGAAGGUGCUGCUUCCCCGGAAAUCGCGUCUCACACACAGGUGACAACUACAAGCGUUUCCCCGGUGUCGCAGGCUGAGACAGUAACUGUACCCGGCCAGUCCUCACGGCGUGGGGGAAGCACUGGGGACAAGGAGGGACGGAAGACAAAAGAUGAAUCUGACUGGGGUCAGGAAAAUCCCCAUGAGGUUAUAGAACCAAGGGAAUUGGGAAGGGAUGAACCAGAGAGAGAGGAUGAAUCUGAUGGUGGAUGGGAAAGGGAUGAACCGGAGAGAGAGGAUGUAUCUGAUGGUGAAUUGGAAAGGGAUGAACCGGAGAGAGAGAAUAAUGUAUCUGAUGGUGGAUUAAAAAGAGAUGAGCCGGAGAGAGAGAAUGUAUCGGAUGGUGGAUUAGAAAGAGAUGAACCGGAGAGAGAGGAUGUAUCUGAUGGGGGCUGGGAGAGUCCUGAUGUGGUUACAGCAUACAGCAAGUGCACAGUUUGUAAUGAGGAGUUUUUAGAUGAAAGAUCUCUGCAGUUUCAUAUGAAAAAUAGCGUGCUGUGUAGGGAGAGAUUAGGACAACCGGAGGCUUCUGAACGCGGCGGGGCACGGGUGAAGCUGACUCCAGCGUCUGUUGUGUGUAAGGCUUGCCAGAAACCUCUGGGCAGCGAUGCUUGUCUGGCUGUACACCUCGCUGAAUCGGAGAGCUGCGCCAACGUUUAUGAUGACGAUAACGAUAGAUCCUUGCCCCGGUACUCUUGCCAAACGUGUGGAAAGAUCCUGAGGAGUGACGAAGCUUUAGCAAAACAUUUGCAGUCGAGCCGGGGCUGUUGGCCCAACCAGCACCAAGAGAGCCGGAAUUCCGUUGGCUCAGUCCGCGAAUUGGUUUCAUUGAAAAAAAGCUCACCGAAGGAUCAUGUAAAAUCACCAUCGUCAGCUGCCAUUGGCUCUGCGCCUGGGCAGGCUGAUCCGAUUGCUGCCCUUCCGAAGAAGAGCUCUCAGUCCAGUGCUGCAAGGCCACUGGCGGCUGGGAGUGUCUCGAACCUGCUGCCCACCAUGCCCACUCCCGCCCCGUCAAAGGCCAAAGCUGAGCCAAGUUCUGCUAAGCUUUCACCUGUUGCAUCUGCCGCGGUUUCACGUAAUGCAGAUACAAACCCCAGUACAAAGACGAAUACAAAUAACACAAACAGAAACACAAACUCCAGCGCAAAGAUAAACACAAACAAAUCUGCAAACCCCAGCGCGAAGAAAAAUACAAACCCAAACCCCAGCACAAACACAAAGACAAAUACAAAUAACACAAACAGAGACACAAAAUCCAGCGCAAACACAAAGACAAACACGAACAAAUCUGCAAACCCCAGCGCAAAGACAAACACAAACCGUACAAACACAAAUGCAACUGCAGGCACAUACCCCAGCGCUAACACAAACACAAAUACAAAUACAAACCCCACCGCAAACACAGGCCCCAGCUCAAACACAAACUCCAGCGCCCAAACAUCUUCGGCACCAGUGACUAUUACAGCAGGGUUACUAGCAGCAAGGGAUAAUGAUGACUGUUCCUCAGAUGACAGCAGCAAAGACUCUGUAGACAGCCGAUCCUCCAGCUCAGAGGAUGAUGCUCGCAUUGAGUACAGAUGCACUCGGUGCAGCUCCGUGUUUGCGCGGAAGUCCUCCCUCAAGAAACACCUGGCAGAAAACGGGGUCUGUGGCAAGGUUCAGGCCGCUCACGGGAAGCGGAAAAAAAUACGUUGCGAAGCUUGUGCCAGAAAGUUCCGUGACCUCGUAAGUCUUCAGGCUCAUCUGCUUCAGCAGCAGUUUUGUUUCCGGGAAUUGUCGAAGGGAAUGUGGAGACUGAAGUCUGCACCAGACCAGACCUGUGCCAUGUGCCAGAAGAAAUAUCUUCAUCGCAAAGAGCUGGGGAAGCAUUGUUUUAAGGAUAUGACCUGCAGGCUGAAGUAUGUGGCUCUAUUGCUGGAAACGUUCUCAGAGGUCCGUGCCCCCAGCCCGGCCGUGGACUCUGUUCAAGUGUCCUCCUCUAGCACUGUGAAAGAAUCUGUUGUGGAGAACACGCGGACAAAUACGGAAACACCGUCUCCGAAUUCUGCGAUUUCCGUGUCUGGCGUGCCGGCUGAUGUGAAGAAUUCCAACUGUGGUGAGACGGAGCUCCUGUGGGACUGUGGCCAAUGCAAAGAGUGCUUUACUUCUCAAGAUGACUUUGCCAAACAUGUGAGAGUCUCAGUGCGGUGUAAAAAAUUUUAUGCAGCUCUGAAAAGUGAAAAUCCACCCAAGACACUGCAAGCUUACUGCACGCCGUGUAAGAGAUCCUUUAAAACCAUUCCUUCGUAUCGAGUUCAUGACUGUAAACUUUGUACUGAGCGGUGCAAGUCCUGUGAUUCUGCCUUUUCUUCUGUGCGUUCCUUAAAAUUUCAUCAACUUUCCUCUAGAAGUUGCAGGCAUCUGUAUCACAAAGAGGAACUGUCUUUGAGCAAUGUGCAGGCAGCCAGUGAGAUGACGCAAAAUUUGUCCAACUCUAGCCAGAAAAAGUCCUAUCCCUGUGCUGUAUGCAAUGAGAAGUUUGAUGUUUUCCGGCUGCUUUUAGAGCACAGUCAAACACACGUGGAGUUGAGUGACUAUCAGUGCGACCGCUGUUCCAAAAAGUUCCAACAUUACAACCGCCUGGUGUCUCAUCUGGCUUAUCACGAGCGCGUGGACAAGGAAGGUCUUCCUUCUAGUGACAAUGUGGAGAUUUCCUCGACUUCGGGCGUGUGCGAGAGUGAUGCGAAACCUGGGGAGGAUGAAGACGAACUCUCGGAAACUGAUCCCCAUAAGUGUUAUGUAUGCGACAAAGUAUUCUCUCGCUUUGAGAGUUUCAAGGAACACAUUUUCAGCCAUGCUUCGGCAGCUCCUUUCAGCUGUUCCAUAUGUCGCCAGAGUUUCCCCACAGAAGCGACUUUGACGACCCACAUCAGCAGCAAGCAUGAAAAGUCGCGGACUAGCUGUAGGCGCAAGGCACCAGCUGAGGUGUCUGGGGGUGAUCUCUCUCCGCCUCGGCUACGCGUGCAGUUUCGAGUCCGUGAUGCUUUAAGUGCUGUUGAUAGUUAUACUUCGUGUGCAUGCGAGACUUGUGGCCAACAUUUUGCCAGUCAGAGGGACCGCAGAAAGCACAUGGCUGUGAGUGUGCGCUGCCGGCCGCCUAAAGAGGAAAGUGCUCCUGACAGUGGGGUGCCGUGCAAGAAAGCAAAGGUUUCAGCCGCAGCGAGUGUUCAGUGUGUGUUCUGUUCACUCAUGUUUGAGAGUGAUGCGCAGAAACGAGAGCAUGUGGAAAGUUCGGACACGUGUAGGGCUAUUAUGAGGUUCAUGAUGGAAAAUAGAUAUUAUCAGCUGGACGAGGCAGGUAAGAAAGAUCUGUCAUCGGAUGACCCUUCCCGAUGUGAAUUCUGCUCGGGCCAGUUCCAGGACAAAGUUGGCCACAUUCUCGGGUCGGGAUGCUAUCAGUCUAUGGAGGAGGCCAUCGGCCGGUACCGACAAGCUGCUGUGACUCCGGCGUCACCACUUGAGGAGGUCAAAGUUCAAGAAUCGGCUCCCUCACCACAGGAUAAAGAGAAGGCAGCCGGUGGGGAGAAGACUAGAGGCAAGUGGAUUUGCUUACUGUGUGAAAAGACUAUGACAGUGUUCUCCUCUCACUUUAUGUUUCAUCGGCGGAUAAUUCUGGAAAAAAUAUCUGGUAGAGGCGCGAUAUCUAUGAGGGUGCACAAGCCUGUGGAAUGCCCUAUGUGUCUCUCAGUUUUCAAAACGAGAGAGUGUCUGAAGAAACAUAUGGUGACCCACCGAGCUAUGGACAUUGUGGUCCCUGAGGAGCUGACGCACCAAGUGACUUCUGGGGAUCACAAAAAGCCAAAGGUAUGUCAGCAGUGUCAGAAAAACUUCCGCAGCUUGGUAGGUUUGAAGACACAUUUGAGAAGCACUCACAACAAAAAAAAGAGAGUCAAAGAUAAAAAAGUAUUGAAGAAGGUUGUUACUGCUACCCCUUCUUCAAAGUUCAAAAAGUUUUCUUCCUAUGAAGCACAUCGAAGAUUGACCCAUAAACCUGCUGAGGAGAAAUUACCAAAGACUCCUACGGAAACCAAAGGGAUUAAAAAGACUGCUGAAAGACGUUUCAUAGGAAGGUGCAGUAUUUGCCGCCAAAAAGUAGCAAGUUUACCCGGCUUUAGGUUUCACUUGAAACGUUUUCAUAGAAGAAAGGAGGAAGGUGACAUAGAACAUCUUUUGUGUCCUGAAGUGACAGCAGGGCCGGAUAGACCAGCAAAACCUAAGGUGGCGUUAAAGCCGGUAAACGAGGUUGCAUCUGAUGAAUCAGUAGGUCCUAGUACCUGCAAAAAGAAUACAUGUGAUGUACCAGUGAAAGGUUCUAGUACCUCCAAAAAGAAUUCUCUUGGUGGUGCUGUUGAAAAAUCUGAAGCUCCCCAUCGUUCGAAAAUAAUAGGCUCUUCGUCCACAACCACAUCGAUGGCUGGCAUUUCAAGUCAUGAAUCAUAUUCAAAGGACUCACAUAACCUGAAAUGCAAGAUAUGUUCAAAGACAUUUGAAUACCCUCACUGUCUUCGUCGUCACUUAUCUAAGGAUCACAACUUGUCACAAAUGUUUUCCUGUCAAUACUGUGGAAUGAGCUAUCCACGUAAGACAGAAUGGUUGCAGCAUGAGCCCGUCUGUAAGAAGUUUUGUGUCUGCAAAAUAUGCAACAAAGAAACGUUAAAACUGCAUGGCCUGAAAACCCACCUCAGGUGUAUACAUGGGAUCAACAGUAUCAGAGAAUACCUCAAGACUACUGCAAAGAAAAAAUCGGCCAAGCAGAGAGCUGCCCUCGUGAAGAUUGAUAAUGGUGGAGAUGUAGUCUCUGACAUCCAGUCAACUCCGUCGUGGAAACCCCAAAAGACCUGCCCCAUUUGCAAGAAGUUUGUAUCGUAUGGCAAAAGGUACACUGACCAUCUGAAGACGCAUAUGAAACCGUUUCGGGUGUUGGUGAUGGAGAAAACUUUGUACAUGGCGCCAGAUUCUUUAUCAGCUGUGGCGCAAAGCGGAGAGGGGUCCGCACUGUCUGGGGAUGACGGAGGCCUGGAGGCCAGCGUUGUCGUGAAAAGAGAUCCGGAGUUUGAUGUUGUGGUUGAGAGAGAUAUUGAGCCAGACCUUGCUGAUGUACCGCUGGAGGGAAUUGUGAAGGAGGAGGCUGCAGACGAUUUCUAUCAUCCGGAGAACAGGGGCGGAGGGAGCGCUGUGAGUGGGGGCGUCACUCUGCCUGGCUCGUCUGUGUCUGGCACUGGGGUGGAUGGGAGGAGACCUGACGGGGACCACGAUGGGCUCUCUAGCCGGACCGAUGACGGGCUGGGCGAUGUUUCAGUUGGUGCUGAAGAUACAGACAUAUCGGUAGGAGAAGUCGCGCCCGCAGGGGAUGAUGAAUCAGACGCGUCCAUCGGAGUAGGAGAAGAAGAUUCUGACCUGGCAAAGUUGACGGUCGCUGGUGAAGAAAUGGUAACCAGUUCUGCAAAAUUGGAUGCAAUAGUAACUAUAGUGGAGAUGGCAAAGACUCCUACAGAGGAUUCCUCUGAUGACGAAGGAGAGUUGUGUGAGGUGCAGGUGACGCAGUGUGACGACAGCGACAGUGACAGUGAUCCGUCGCUAGAGGGGGCUGCUUCAGACAGCAAGGGUCACGUAACCUCUGACCUCGCUCAAGGAAUCGGGGAAGAAAACUCCCCGGCAGGUCUGUCAAUAGCGGCUGUUACUGAAGAGGAAAAAGAUGAGACGGAGCAGGAAGUGGAAUCUGGCGAGGCCAGAGGUGACAUGGCUGCUGCUGAGAUCAAUAGUGACCUCCCCUCCAGCCGCGAUGGUGCCCAGGUUGGGGUGUUACCCAGACAAGUGCUGCCCGGGCUGGGGGAGGGCGCUACUGCUGGCUCUGCUGCUGCGUCGAAAGUUGUGCCGAAAGUUGCACCUGUCAAACGACCGUUCCCCAGAACCGACCACCCAGCGGAGCACAGUGGCGGCAAACUGAGGUGUGUAAGGGCCACGUGUUCCAGCUCCACCGAGGUGGCAAAAGAUGCGGAGGCACCCACAACGGGAGAAGUUACGAUGGAGGAGGGCUCUGUUGAACAGGCAGUCUGUGUGAAAACUGAGGCGCCGGACUUGGAGCUGCACGCACAGCAACGUAACGUGUUCCGCGCGUUUGGCCCAGCAGGCUUUGGCACGUCUGAGCUGUCGAGCGACAGCGACGAUAUCACAUUCCUUGGUUUUGAGGAGGCCCCCAAGCCCAGUGAAAGUGGGUCCCGUGAUGAUGAUUCCCGUGUUUCGUCUUCUAGAGAAUCUCAGAGUGGGCGAGAUGUCGCCGGUAACCGUGGUGAAAGAAAUGAGGGGAAGACUGCGGAGAGAACAAAUGUGUUUGAGCUGAUAGCUCCUUGACGCUGUGUCGGCUGCCACCACCGGUGCAUUUUGAAGAGAGCGAGUGGGUGGUUGGCGGGUGCUGUGGUGUGGUUUGCUCCUUCUUUCCUAUCAAAGUAGCGUACUAUCGUCUU